AAUAAUCGAGUAUAAAUGGGAAUGGAUUUAGGAUCAACAGUUAUUCAACAUUUGAAGACCAACUUGAUCAAAAUGCGUUUUACCAUUUUUCUUACUCUUUGCGCCAUUGGAGUCGCUUCUGCCAGUUCAUUGAACAAACGAAGUUUCAUUGAUGAUAUACAGAAUCAAACUCAGAAUGCUUUUCAUGCUUUUGAAGAAUUUUCUGAGCAAGCCAAACACAAUGCUGAAGAAGGAUUGAAGAAGUUGUUAGAUUUCUUCAGCCAAUUCAAUCCCCAAUCUGAUUCCUCAAACGCCGUCAAUGUAACCAAACGUGCAGUGACUGGUGCUGAUCUAUUGGCCAACAUUGGUAACCCACAAAAAGCCCAAGAACUUUUGAUUCAACUUUUCUUUGAAAGUUACGGUAAAGGACGCAAAAAGCGAGAUCUUGCUGAAAAUAUUCAAAAGCUUACUGGACAAGCUAAGAAAAAUGCUGAAGAAAACUUAAAGAAGCUCUUCGAUUUCUUCAACCAACUCAAUCCCCAAUCUGGUGAUUCCUCAAACGCUGUCAAUGUAACCAAACGUGCAGUCACUGGCGCUGAUUUAUUGGCUAACAUUGGUAACCCACAAAAGGCCCAAGAACUUUUGAUUCAACUUUUCUUUGAAAGCUAUGGUAAAGGUCGCAAAAGGCGAGAUCUUGCUGAAAACAUUCAAAAGCUUACUGGACAAGCUAAGCAAAAUGCUGAAGCAAAUUUAAAGAAGCUCUUCGAUUUCUUCAGCCAAUUCAAUCCCCAAUCUGUUGAUUCAUCAAACGCUGUCAAUGUAACCAAACGUGCUGUCACUGGCGCUGAUUUAUUGGCCAACAUUGGCAAUCCACAAAAAGCCCAAGAACUUUUAAUUCAACUCUUCUUUGAGAGCUAUGGUAAAGGUCGCUAAUGAUUUUGCAGUUAAAGAAGCCAAAGCGACUAACGCUGACUCUUCAUUAAUCAUUCAAUAUCAUGAAACUUGUAACCAAACUUGCUAUAAAUAAACUGACUUAUUAAUCA